AUGGGGUUCUGGGCAGCAGCUGCCCAGAACCCCUUAGAGGAGAGGCGAGGCCGAGGCACCAAGGGGUGUAUCCUCGGUGAGCUGUUCACGCGCAAGCCAGUGUUCCAGGCCAACCAGGAAAUGGCACAGCUAGAGGCCAUCAGCCGAGUGUGUGGCACACCCUGCCCAGCCGUCUGGCCACGAGUCAUACAGCUUCCCCACUGGGCCACUUUCCGGCCCAAGAAGCAGCACCGGCGGCGGCUACGUGAGGAGUUUGCCUUCCUGCCACCUCCGGCUCUUGAUCUGCUGGACCAGAUGCUCGAGCUGGACCCCGAGCGUCGUAUCACAGCCGAGGCAGCCCUUCGCUCCCCAUGGCUUGCCCAAGUGCGGCCCGAGCGCAUGGCCCCUCCUGACCUGCCGCACUGGCAAGACUGCCAUGAGAUGUGGUCCAAGCGUCGCAGGCGACAGCUUCGGCUAGAACAGGACAUGGCAGCCACGUCGUCAGGCCCUCUGCCUUCCACAGGCUUGCCCAUGAACUUGGGAGGGGGUGGCAACAGUGUGCAUUCGGCUCCAAGCACUCAGGACAUCUCUCGAGACGAUGGUCCGCCACUUAGUGGACGGCCCUGUGUGCUCGAUGAACCUGAAAGUUGUAAGUCUGCUGACGGCUCUGACAGCAACCCGGCUGCAUCCAGUGUGAACAGCCAGCAACUGCAGACCAACCUCAACACCAUCACGGCUGCUUUCCAGAAGCAUGAAACUCUCAGCAUUGCCCAGCUAGCCAAUUUGCUUAACAUUAAGGUCGAUGCCUCUACGAGGCAGCUUCUUGAAAACCUGAACAUGCAGCUGCUGCUGGCGGCGGCUGCCAAGCAGGCCCAGAAGGUGCAGAUGGCCAGUCACCAGAGCAGGCAGAUGCAGCAACAGCAGCAGCAAUUGCCUCCAACCCUUCAGCAGCAACAAACAGUCUCAUUGCAGCACACCCAGCCAGCGGCAGCACAGCAGCAGCCUCAGCAGCAGCAGCAGCCAUCCCCGCAGGCUCUCAUUUCGUCCUCCAGGCCUCAAGUGGAUAUGUCAAAGGUUGACCCGAUGGGUGGUAGCUUGGGGCAUACCAAUGAAGGAGGAGGUCGCCUGGCACACCCACCGCCAGCACCAGUGGUGUCGCCUCCACAUCCAUCAUCCCGCAGGCCACCACCUCCCCACCUUGUGGAAUCGCCCACACAGGCCAAGUGGAGAGGCAACGAGUCAGCCCCAUCUGCUGGUGCCUCAAGGCCACCCGUGCCACCGCAGUCGCUUCCACCUGCCUCUGACAUCCGGAGUCAGACCACCAGCCCUGGUGCCUACCUGUAUGACCGUGGGCUGUCGACUCUAUCCCUCCACAUGGAUGACAGUCGUGGCGACCGUGCCCCUCCCGUGCUUCCCCGGCGUCUUGAGGGCUCCAGUGUGCACCGUGGAAGGCCACCGUCACCUCCUAUGCCUGUGCUUGGCCGGGGGGCAGGAGACGCCUCUACGUGCCAUCGGAGAGGACCGCCCGACGACACUUCGCCACCCUUCGAUUCUGUGGGUCUGUCUGGCAUGAGCUCUGUCAUUGCUCAACAACAGAGCUACACCACUUCGGGCGUCAAGGCUGCGUUGGCACAGCUGCUGGAAGCACAGGGCUUUCGCGUAAAGAAACCCGGCAGCCACUCAGGUAUCCCCGCUUCUCCUCCCCCUCCCAUUCCUUCUUCGUCACACCAGCGCCACCACCACCCCGAUCAGGGCUUUGACCAACAUGUGCGGGAAGAGGGAAGCGAUGUUGGGUUUAGGGGGUCGAGGGGUUAUGAGUUGUCGGAGUAUGAGCGGCCCUAUCACAGCGGGCUAGAGUCUCGUGGGGGCCGAGAUUACUACAUCUCGCCUCAUGUUGAUGCACGCGCUCCACUUUUGGGCUGCUCUCCACAGUCUGUGGGGCAGCAACAUCGGCACAGCUUGCUGAGGACACCACCGUCUUCCAAUGUGCCCGAGGUGUCGCCGCCAGAAGCGUACCCUUCCAGGAUGGAAGCAUCGUCCUACAGGGGAGGGCCACUCAGAGGAGCUCCACCGGCAGACUACCGAGGUGGCAGCCGCAGGCCACUCCGCUAAGGGCAUGGAUCUCAAGUUUCAUGCUGUGAUGAAGAGCUGUCAAGGUUUUAAGGCACAAUCAGCAGGUUUAGAUGCUUUCUCUUGGGGGCCUCCUCCCUGCACCUUGCAUUCUCUCUUAUGCAUCCACUCCAAGAACUGUGCACACUGUGGUGCCAAAAGAGUGUGUUGCAUGAGGUGGCCUCUUUUUCCUCUUUGAAGGCCACUGCCUAGCAAGAAGAAUUU